AUGGGAAUGCGUGAGAAGCAGAUGCCCUGGGCUGGGGCUGGGCUGCUUUGGGUGUGUGUGGGUGGGGGAAAGUACCUACCUACUGUACCUACCUACCUACCCACCUUGUCUAGGUUGUCUUGUCUUGUCUUGUCUUGCCAUGCCACGCCUACCUACCUGGGAGCUAGGCCAGGCAAAGAGCAGGCAGUCAAAGGUGGGAUUGGAUUGGAUUGGGUGGAUCCAAUGGAUCAUGGUGUGGCUAGUGUGAGGUGGGAAGCAAGACAGGCCGAAGGACAACGGACUAUCUUACUAACGUUAUGGGCUACUGGUGCUAAUGGAAGCCGGAGAUUGAGGACUACGAGCUUCCAUGAGAGAGGGGCUGUUGACUGCCGCUUUCUGCGUCUCAGUCGAACCCUCUCAAGAUCCCCAUUUGCGGGUGCUGCCUACCUAUAA